GUAAGCCUGUACGGACUUGCUGCUGUCUCAGUGUCUCUAAACCCGAUCAACCGGGUUUCUUAGGUUUAGACACGUCUGGUCUCGCCAACCCCUAUUAAUAAUACAGUAUCUGCAUGAAGUGGCGUAGUUCUGCUGUGUGGUAACUAGCCUGAUUGACAACUCCUAAGUUUAUUAUGUGAAGCAUUCGGGAUGAAAUUUAUAAAGGGUCUAACUAUUUCAUAUUAGUAUGGGUUUUUAGUAUUUUCCUGCUUGAUAUAUCUCGAGAGAAUCUUUUACGAAGCCAACAUUGCGUGUCUUACAAAUGUCUAUCGAUUAACGAAAGUCAUCAUGGUUUAUAAUUGCCUCUUUUAGAAGUUCUCCAAGAAUUAUAGGUAAGCCAUGUUAGGUAGUCGACCGAAGUGGGUACCGGCUCUCCGGCAGGCAUAUAAAAAGGUCCAUAGAUUCCGUCUGUUCUCCCUCUCGCAGUUCUCACCAACUUUGUGGAAGAAGGCCUCAUACAUAAGACUCACCCAUAUACUAUAUUGAGAAACCCCUGAAUUAAGUCAACAUGACUGUCGAUGCAUUGGUCCCCAAUGACACUCGGGUCGAACAUAAGUUCAAGUCCUUUGGAGAUAUCAAAUACCACUACGUACUAGCUAAGCCGCAGGGCAAGCCUGUUGCCACUGUUCUCCUCACUCAUGGCUGGCCAGACCUAGGUUUUGGAUGGCGGUACCAAGUUCCUUACCUGCUAUCCCUGAACUUGCAGGUCAUUGUCCCGGAUAUGCUAGGAUUCGGGCAAACAUCUGCCCCUGAUGCUUUCGAGGAGUACAGCUUUAAGAAAAUGACCGCUCAAGUUGCGGCCAUCGUUAAGGAUCACACCGAUGAGCCUAUCAUCCUUGGUGGUCACGAUUGGGGCGCGGCUUUCGCUUGGCGCCUAGUUAAUUACUACCCAGAGUUGAUCCGCGGAGUUUUUACCCUAUGCGUGCCUUACACGCCGCCGUCGCCGGUCACGCACUCGCUGGAAGACUUCGUCAAAAGGCUGCCGAAUUUCACAUACCAGCUACAACUAGCCAGCCCUGUCGCAGAAAAUAUCGUCAACAAGUCGCCGGCGCACCUCCGGGGAUUUAUCAACGGCAUUUUCGGCGGCACGACGCCGGAAGGAGAGCCUGCUUUCAAGGUCUCUAUAGGCGUCAUCGAGGAAAACCUAGAGAGGAUUAGGCCGUCCCCGCUGUUCAGCCCGGAGACCAUCGACUUCUACGUCCAGGAGUACUCGCGCAACGGCCUUCACGGCCCAUGUAAUUGGUACCGUACCACCGGCAUCCGCGGCGAGGACGACCAGGAGCUUGCGAAGAAGAUCGACGGCAAGAUCAAGGUGCCGGCGAUGUUGGUCAUGGCCGAGAAAGACGCUGCGCUCCCGCCGCAGAUGGCGCAGGGCCAGGAGAAGCUCUUCGAGGCGGGAUUUAGGUAUGAACUUGUUCCCGGCGCGGGCCACUGGGUCCAUGCCCAAUUCCCCGAGGUGGUUAAUAAGUACAUCGGCGAGUUCAUCAAGAGCGUGCUGGGGGACGAACUUAAGGCCUCGCUGUAAAGCGUUAGCUUGGUCCGUAGGAUGCCAACCCCACCAAGGCUAAGGGCUGUCUCUCUCUCUCUUGGAUAUCAUUUUGAUCCAAAAUCUUUGUAUCGGUCUCUACUGGCGGUGUGUGGUGGUUUGAAAUCCACGAUACAUACCUGUUAGUUAUAUGACUUGAACUAUACCUAGGUAGUGACUAUAGUGUAUGUAACUAGCUAUGCGGGAUGCAACAUCCAGCCUAGCUUUAUCUCGUAUACUAUUACUAUUCUUCUAUUCUUGUCGUGAUGAAGAAAGACCGAGUAAACAAUGUUACUAUCUGCUAGCUGACUACCUAUUAAUAAUGUGUUACGAAGGCGUUAGCCUGGGUAAGACGUGGUGGUGGUCGGUCGGUACUGCGGUCAGCGAACGCCGCCACGAUGAGAAGCUACGAGCCCCUGAAUUUGGCUUAAAAUAAGAUAAGAUUGAUGAAGGGCGCGGGUUUCUUCUUGGCAGAGCUCCGUAACAAAUGAGUUACCUAGGCUAGGCACUUUUCCUUGUGCUUGUUAUUCUUUUCUUUACCGUUCUAAAGUUUGUGGUGGUUGGUUAGGUAGUUAUUUUAUUUUCCUAGGUGUGUUUUUUCUCGAUCUUUUCAGAUUGUUUGCAUGCGGCGUGGAAAAGAGGCGUAAAAAGACCUCCUUUUGGGGGGCUUAUC